ACACGGAGCCCUGGCCGGACGCACGCAUUAGCCGGGUUCCGCGUCAUGGCGAACCGCCGGCUUAGUCAUUCGCAGCAGUCCGAACGGAUCGGUUCGGGCAACGCAAACGACAGUUUCUCGCCUCACCUGCAGCGAUCAUCAUGAGCGUUUACAGCCGCUGCCCGCUGAGGUUGCACCGUCUACAGUUGGUGCCGUUUCUACUGCUCACGCUUCUAAGCAUCUCAGCUGCUCAACAAUGCACCCUACCUGAUAGCACUGUGGGCGAGUGUAUACUGCUGCGCAACUGCAACAGUCUCCUGACGCUGAUCAGGAAAAAACCGCUGCUAGAUGCCGAUCGGACGUACUUGCAGCGAUCGCAGUGCGGUUGGUCCGCGGCCGAAAAUCAUCCGCUCGUCUGCUGUGCGGACAGCUUGGUGGCACCGGUUCGCGUUGGUGUCGGGCUCUUGCCGUCACCGGGCCAGUGCGGCAUACAGACGAGCGAUCGCAUUUUCGGCGGCGUUAACACGCGCAUUGACGAGUUCCCUUGGAUUGCGCUGCUGAAAUAUGCAAAACCGAAUAACGUUUUCGGGUUUCACUGUGGUGGUGUGCUGAUCAACGAUCGAUACGUCCUAACGGCUUCGCACUGCGUCAACGGUAAAGACAUCCCGAGCACCUGGAAUUUGGCCGAAGUACGCCUCGGCGAAUGGGACACCUCUACUGCACAGGACUGCGAGGGACUGGGCGAUGACGUUGACUGCUCCCCGCCACCGAUCGAUGUGCCGAUCGAGGGAAAGAUACCGCAUCCAGAGUACGUGCCAACGUCCGCCGAACAGUACAACGAUAUCGCGCUGCUGCGGUUGCAACAAUCCGUGCCGUACUCUGACUUCAUCAAGCCCAUCUGUCUGCCGAUGCAGGCCGAGCUGAAGGCGCGGGAUUACGUUGGGUUCCGCAUGCAGGUGGCCGGCUGGGGACGUACGGCCACGGCGCGCUUCAGCAACGUCAAGCAGAAGGUGGCCGUCGACGGUGUUUCGCUGGACGCGUGCAAUCAGGUCUAUCAACGCGAGCAGGUGCUGCUGCGCCAAUCGCAGCUCUGUGCGGGCGGUGAGGCCGGCAAAGACUCGUGCCAAGGUGAUUCGGGCGGCCCGCUAACGGGCGUCCAUACGGCGGGCGGUUUGCAGUACUGGUAUCUGAUCGGGCUGGUAUCGUUCGGACCGACGCCGUGCGGCCAGGCCGGUUGGCCCGGGGUUUACACCAAGGUGGACCAGUACGUCGAUUGGAUCACUGCCACGAUUGCCGCUUGAGAAAAUAACAGCAAAGAUGAGUGCUGCGUGCACGCUGGGUAUUAAUGGUUGAAUAAAGUGAAAUUUACAUAAGUGCAUUUGAAUAAAGAAGGAGUUUCGCGGAAUUUCUGUUCGCAUAUGCAACA